GAUCCGAGGUUGAGGGAUUAUCCGAAUCGGUUUGUGGCUAUGACUGUGGAUUUGGAAGAUGGUAGAGAACCAAUUCUAACCUUCCGAUUCUGGGUCUUAACCACCAUUUGGUCCAUAAUCGGCAGUACGGUCCAAACGGUAUUCUUCUUCAAGCCCUUUGGCGGAUCCCUCGAUGAAUCGGCAGUACAAUUACUCUCAUGGGGCUGCGGAAUUGCAAUGGCGAAAUACUUGCCCACUCAUGUCUUUAAUACGUUUGGGUACAGAUGGACCAUGAAUCCCGCAGGACCGUUCCGGAUCAAAGAGCAUGCUAUGGUGACUUGCGCAUAUAGUCAGGCGACGUCGGUAUCUUAUGCUCUGGGUGCGUUGACAUGCCUUGAGCUCUGGUAUGGUCGAAGAAUUAAUGCUUUCUGGGGCAUCAUGUAUCUCUCCACCUCCAUGUUCAUCGGCUAUGGCAUUGCAGGUCUCCUGAGAGAGCAUCUGGUCACACCGCCGACCAUGUAUUAUCCCAUGUCGCUCCCCAAAGUUGCUCUCUUUCGGGCAAUGCACAGCAGCAGUGCGACCACCAAGAAGGGAGUGAAAUUCUUCGCCAUUGCGCUCACGGCGACUUUUGUGUGGACGUGGUUUCCGCAGUACAUUAUUCCUGUGCUGGCAUCGUUGCCCAUCAUUUGUUGGUUCGGCCAUGGAAAUCCUAAAGCUUUCGUUCUCGGUUCGGGAACGUAUGGGUUUGGUUUCUUUACCCUUUCACUCGAUUAUAAUUAUAUCAACGGAUUUCUAAAACCGUUGGUAUCCCCUCUCUGGGUCAGUGUCACGCAAGGCGUCGCCAUCAUCUUCGCCUGCUGGAUCCUCUAUCCGAUCCUCUACUACACCAACACCUUCAACGCGCAGAAAUUCGGCGCCAUGACGACCAGCGUCUACACUGCUGCGGGAAAACCCUACAAUGCCAGUGCGAUUCUGACUCCGGAGUUUCAAUUGAAUCAGACUGCUCUCGCGGAACGUGGCGCUCCUCAUUGGGCUCCAUCGUAUAUCUUCCGUUUCUUCUGGGGCUUGACCAGUAUCUCGGCCACAAUCGCAUUUGCGUUGUGCUACUACGGCAGCAGUGCCUGGCAAAUCGCAGUCGCCAGUCUCUCCGGUCGUUACAUCGAAUACAACGAUCCCUACCUCCAGGUCAUGAGCAGAUACCCCAAGGUGCCUCGAUACUGGUAUGCAGUCGUGCUCGUCCUCUCGGUCAGCAUGUCUCUCUUGACCUUUUACCAAGGCGGUUUCCAACUGCCGUGGUGGGGGUUUGCAGUAUUUUUCAUCUUGGCCCUGGUGUUGACGUAUCCCAAUGGUAUUUUGACCGCUAUUGCGGGAACUUCUCCUGGCGAUACGAUGAUUUCCGAUUUGAUCGCCGGCUUCAUCUUUCAUGGCAAACCUUUGGCUGUCAUGUCUUGCUUUGCUUUUGCCAAUCCGAUUCUCGGUCAAGCAUUGAGCUUACUGAGCAUGUUCAAACUGGGCUACUACCUCAAAAUCCCCGAACGGCCCAUGUUCUGGGGCCAAAUGUGGGGCACGGCGAUUGUCCCGCUGGUCAAUUAUGGCGUUACAAGACUCGUUUUGGAUAAUAUCGAUCAUGCCAUGUUGAAGGGAAUCAAACAUUCUGUGAGCUGGAACGCGCUGGGAACUAAAGCUUGGUAUUCGGCUUCUAUUUUAUGGGGGGUGAUUGGUCCGGGAAGAAUGUUUGGCUCUGGAUCCGAAUACAACUUCGUCUACUAUGGAGCUCUAAUCGGCUUCCUCGUCGUCGUUCUCACCUACUAUCUCCAACGCUGGAUGCCCAACCUCGAAACGGAAUACUACCUCAACGCACCAAUUUUCUUCCAGUCAUUCAGUGAAAUUCCCAUUGCACCCAUGACAUCUUUUUUCUCGGGCUUUAUUGCCUCUCUUGUCUUUAUGGGAUAUAUUCUUCGCCGUCAUCCGGUUUGGUGGGCAAAUUAUAACUAUUUACUUGCUAUGGCUCUUGCCUGCGGGGUGGCUUUUCAAGGGCUUGUGAUGGCUUUUGCGUUUAAUAUGCCGCGGGUUGACUUUCCAAAUUGGUGGGGCAAUCAUCCGGAUUAUCCAGAUCGUUGCUUUCCACCGACGGAUAAACUGCCGGCUGCGAUGCAGGUGUAAGUGGGGGAGUGAGUGAAUAAUUGGGGUAUGUGAGAAGAAGAGGGGGAUUAUUAAGGCACAUGAAAGGGGUUUCGCGAAAGGAUUAAUGCAUUUCCUCUGAGAGAGAGAGAAAGAAUGAAUGAAAGAGGGAGGAAGAACGCGCGUUGCAAAGCGAUGGAGCGAAACACAACAAUAACAACAACAAUAACAACAACAACAAGAGAAACAAGAGCAC